UUGGGAUUGAGUUGAAGCCGUUAUGUGGCGGGCAAGGGGUGGGAAAUGGAAAUCUAAUCACUCAUGCAUCAGAGUCACAUGGCGAAGGUGUUACCGUUAUGGAUUCCGGUUCCGAACUCUAAACACGCAUUCAGAUCGCAAUUGAGUGUUCGUGUUCGUGUUCGUGUUCGGUGCAGCAGUGAUAAUAAUAACAAGAAGCGGUUGUCACAGCAAUCAUCUUGGGAAGCGAAAGAUGCAGAGGGAAGAGACUAUCUCUACAGGCUUGGUAAAGAGGCUGAUAACAUGAACAUCGCCGUCGGCCAGCGUGCCGGCGUCAUCGAUGAUCUCUUCGCCGGCAAUUUUCUCGGCAAAGAUUCCGAUAUCGUGUUUGAUUAUCGUCAGAAAGCCACCAGAUCCUUUCAAUACCUUCAGGGCGAUUAUUACAUCGCUCCUCUCUUCAUGGACAAAGUUGGUAAGUUCUCUCAAAAUGGGCCAAUAUCAACAUUCAUAAGUCAUUUUGAUGCAGUAAGACAGCUUGGUAAAAUAUGUCACAUUGCAAAGAACUACCUAGCUCAUCUCCUCAAUGUUAAGGUUCCUUUAAUUCUAGGUAUUUGGGGAGGAAAAGGGCAAGGGAAAACAUUUCAAACAGAACUUAUAUUUCAGGCCAUGGGUAUGGAACCUGUAAUUAUGUCUGCUGGGGAACUAGAAUCCGAGAGAGCUGGAGAGCCAGGACGGUUGAUUCGUGAACGCUAUAGAACAGCAUCUCAAGUGGUCCAGAAUCAAGGAAAAAUGAGCUGUUUGAUGAUCAAUGACAUUGAUGCUGGCCUUGGUAGAUUUGGGAAUACUCAAAUGACAGUCAACAAUCAAAUUGUUGUUGGGACUCUUAUGAAUCUGUCUGACAAUCCUACAAGAGUAAGCGUUGGCCAAGAUUGGCGAGAAUCAGAUAUCACAAACAGAAUUCCAAUCAUUGUAACAGGGAAUGAUUUUUCAACUAUUUAUGCUCCACUGAUACGUGAUGGAAGGAUGGAUAAAUUUUACUGGCAACCUAACCGUGAAGAUAUCCAGAAUAUUGUUCACAGAAUGUAUGAGAAAGAUGGUAUAUCAAGGGAUGAAGUUGAAAGGAUUGUGGAUACUUUCCCUAAUCAAGCAUUGGACUUUUAUGGAGCUCUAAGAUCACGUACCUAUGACAAGUCUAUUUUAAAGUGGGUUGAUGACAUUGGAGGUGUUGAAAAUUUUGGAAGCAAAAUUCUCAAAAGAAGAAAGGACCAGAACCUUCCUGUGUUUAUUCCUCCAGAGCAAACAGUGGAUGCCUUGCUGGAGUCAGGUUAUUCUCUGAUCAAAGAACAAGAGUUGGUCAUGGAAUCUAAACUUUCAAAGGAAUACAUGAAGAACAUGGAAGACUGACAUGAAGGGUCUGGGUGCUGUGAUGAGAGUCCUCAGGAAUUAAUUAUAGUUGUAAACUCACCAUUAUCAUAUGGGAUAAGGUCUUCUUUCCAAUGGAGUACUUCACUGUGUAUAUCUCACAUUAGCAUUCACAAAAAGCCACUUAUAUGAUCGUGUUAUCUUUAGCAAUCUCAAGCUUCAUGUGUUAAAGCAUAAAUUACUGUAAAUGACGCAAUGAAUGAAGCCCCAAACUUCAAUUUUAAAGACAUUUGACGGCUAGAA